AUGUUGGCAUUAUCAACUGCCAGAUCAACUUGCACACGGUGUACCCGAAAACAACGGCAACUCUUCAGUAAGAGCGAAAUACUUACCAAACGAGUGCUAUCUCGUCAAUUCGCUUCUACGUCAAAAUCCACAUCAUCCUCUUCGACAUCUUCAGAUGGGACGACGAAUCGAUCGAGAUGGUUUGGACGUAGGAUAGCAAUCACCUUUUUAGGCUUAACGAUACCUACUACGUAUUUCUUUUUACCUUCUUCACCUGGUAUAACACCGCAUUUAUAUUCUGACCAAACGGUCUCUUGUACAAAGACUAUCUCACCUCAACAUAAGUUAAUAACAGUGGAUAUACCUUCUAAAUCGAUCGAGUAUUUCAUGAAACCAUUUAGGAGAGAUGGGUCUUUAGCGAAUUCUGGUAUUGAGCGUCAACAAAGUCAACAAGAUCAACAGAAUCAACAAAAUCAACAAGGUGAAGAUGACAAGAAAGAAUGGGAAAUAGUCAUUCAACAUAUGAUGAUUAAAUCACCUGAUAUACAAAUUGAAAGACCCUAUACACCGAUAAACGAUCCUACAAAAGAUGAUCAAGUCAGAAUGGUCGUCAAGAGAGUAAGAGGGGGUGAAGUUGGACGAGUCGUACACAAUCUCAAAGAUGGAGAUCAAGUAGGAAUAAGAGGUCCGAUACCGACUUGUUCAAUUUUUCCAAACAGAUAUGAUAAGAUCAUCAUGAUAUCAACUGGAACGGCGAUUUCACCAUUCCUUCAACUUCUUUCAAAACUCCCUUCACAACAUCCUCCUAAUUCUUCUUCUAUUUCUACCCCUACUGCUGCUCCAUCUACGGUCAAUCACUCCAAGCCUCAACUGCAUUUGAUCCAUUCGUUGCCUUUGGAAGGAAGAGAGGAUUGGUCUUCUUCAAAUAUAGAUAAAUCAUUCAUACCUUGUCUUCAAGAUAAAUUCGGUGAUCAAUUGAAAGUGACAAGGAUCAAUCCUGGUUUCAUACCGAAAGAAACUAUAAUAAACUCAUUACGAGAUGAGGUAAAGGGGAACAAGAGAAAUAUUCUGGUCUUGAUUUGUUUACCUCCAAUGUUGAUGAGACCUCUAUGUGGAGAUAUGACACCUAAUCUAGGCCAAGGUCCCAUUACAGGCAUUUUGGGCGAAUUGGGUUUGACAAAUGAUAAUGUGUGGAAGUUGGAGUAA